AUGUCCAGGCUCAAAAGUGGGUAUGAAUUCGGCCGGUUGAGCACGGAACCACCACCGGACAGCGGUUUUUGCGUCGUCGUUGGAAAUGAACCUCUGGCCUGCCAGGAACUUCUUCAGUGGAAUGAGCUUGCCAUUUCAUAUGGCAAUGUUUACGAUAUCGUUCAUGAUUCCUUGGGGUAUUGCAAGGUUUCAUGUCGGUGGGUGCCUAAGCUGUUGGAUGAUCUGAACAAGGCCAAGAGAAUGAUGAUGUCACUGCAACAUUUGCAGCAUUACUCUGAGGAGGGUGAAAGGUUCCUGGAUCUCACUGUCAUCCGAGAUGAAAUGUGGGUAUUGCAUUUCACUCCAGAAUCAAAGCAGCAGAGCAUGGUGUGGAAACAUCCCGGUUCACGUGUCAUGAAGAAAUUCCACAGAAUGCCAUCCAUCGGGAAUUUGAUGGUCACGGUCUUCUGGGAUCACCGAGGACCACUCCUGCUUUUCAUACCACGAGGUGCCACCAUCAACGCGGACAGCUAUUGUGGCACACUCACACGUCUGUGA